UCACUUCAAACUUAUAAAGUACAAAUAAAAUUAACAAGUAUUAAUAAUGCGGUGUUAAAUUUAAAUUUUAAACUUUACUGUAGCGUGCUGAAAAUUGAAAUUGGCUUCAAACUUGUAACUUUUACUGUUGCAACUUGCAGUUGCAGACGACUGUAAAGAGUAAAGUCCAGGUAACUUGGGUAAGCCGAGUAAAGAUUUCUGUAGCAAAGAACUGCUAAGUAACCUCAAUACACAACAACAACAAGAAAAAAAUGGCGGGUCGUGGGCGGGGCCGUGGGCGAGGAAUGAACAUUAAUGUUGAAGCCUUAGGAUUUGGAAGAGGAGAAGCAUUACCUGCACCAACUUUGGAACCUCCACCUUUGUUUCCUAAUUUGGAAUUUAAACCCAGACCACUCUUAUCUGGUGAGGAACAUGAUUACAUUUUAGCUUUGAAACAAGAACUACGAGGGACACUCAAAGAUUCUGGAUUCUAUGUACAACCUGUAGUACAAAAAAAAGAUGUAGAACGAUAUACUGAUAAGUAUCAGCAUGGAACACUCUCUGGAAGUGAGAUAAAAUUUGACUGGAAAAGGUUUCCAGAUGAGCUGAAAUUAAAGGCACCAAAAAGGAAACUGUCACAAGUUGGUAACAAACCUAGCUGCAAGAAACAAAGAAUAAAUGUUGAUGUAAACAGUAGACUUGAGGAAUUGGAGUCUCUAGAACAUACUAAAGAAAGUGAUGAAGAAGGAGAAAAGAAAGAAGAGGCAGAAGAAGGAGAAGGUGAAGUGGAUGGGGAUGAAGUAAUUGAUGAAGAAGACUUGGAAGAGGGAACUGAUUAUGCCAUGAGUUACUUUGAUAAUGGUGAUAAUUACCUAGAUGAAGAUGAUGACAACCUUGAUGAUGGCCCAACAUACUGAAGAAAUAUUCCAAAUAAAAGUUUUUGUUUGUACAGUAAAUCAUGUGCUAGUCAUUUGGACUGGAUUUAUGAUUAAAUUAUAAAAACUGAAAA